AUUGUUUCUUCCCUCCCUACAAUCACCGUGGUUGGUUUCCUUUGACAACCACUACAUCUCCCUAUCCUAUCAUUCCGGUGACAGGACUGCACAAUGCGGCUCCAAACCACCGAAGGCACCGGGCCCGCCAUUCCCGGCUCCGACAAGAGAGAGUACAUCUCGAAAUCCACCGCCCUCCCAUUCGGUCAAGACGUCGCCUUGCCCUCCCUCUCUGGGCCCAAGUACGUGACGGCGCAGACGCUCGUCCAACAAGUCACCUACGCCCUCUCCGAUAAACUCUUCACCUACUCCCCCGAGUCCUUCGAUCUCGACCUCGCCGCCAAGUCCUGGACCGCGGAAAAUGCCAAGAAUGCCCAUGGAGAUGUCACGGGCGUGCAGGCGCUCGAGACGAGGACGGGAGCGGGCGCAAUGGCUUUGGGAUACAUGUUCAGCCCGGACUUUGAUCUCGAGAAGCGCCAUGUGCCGCAGUCCGUUGUGGCUAGCGCGGCGAGUCUGGAGUACUUGAGGCCGUGUCUGGAUCAAUUGGCGCUGCUGUACGACGUUGCGAACCCUACGAAUUUGCAGGUCGCUGCGUUGGACUAUGCGGCGGAGACGAAGGCCGGCCUCGUGACGGACUAUUGCUCGGCUUUGACUUUGGCGGAAGAGCUUGGGAUGGGUCUUGUCGCUAGCAAGAAUGCGUAUGAGACGCAGCACAUGGCUUUGCUGUCCAUCAUCCUGUCGUCCUUGCUGCCUUCGAUUCAUACCUACGAUGGAAUUACGGUCGGCCGUGAGACUACCCGUGUGGUUGACGUGCUGAGCAUCUCCGGCUUGAAGCGAGUCUACGACGCCGUUUUGGAGAAUGUGAAAGACGACUUGUCUUCCAAGCGCCUGACGGACGAGGGAAAGCUUUUGAACGUCCUCCAGGCAUUCAACGUGGAGCUCGGAACGGAGUACAAGUGCUUCGAGUACCACGGCCACGCUUCCCCAACCAGUGUCAUGGUUGUCUUCGGAACCGUUGAGGCAAGCCUCUCCGCCCAAAUCGCCGAUGCCCUGGCUGCCCAGGGCGUCAAGAUCGGUGUGAUCAACGUUCGCGUCUACCGCCCAUUCGUCGAAGAAGAGUUCCUGUCCGCGUUACCUCCAACUGUGCAGCGCAUUACUGUCCUCGGCCAGGUCAAGACCCAGGUGAAUGUGACCGAUGCAAGCAUCAACAGCAGCAUCUACGCUGACGUGUUGGCCGCCGUCAAUUUCCAGAGCAUGUCUUCCGGCAAGGAGCCAAAUGUCUACGACGUCAAGUAUGCCCGUGAGACCGUCUGGACGGUUGCGAAGAUGGAGGCGCUUCUUCGCAAACUCGGGGAAGCCGAAGCCGCGACAGCAGAGGCAUCGCCUCUUCAGCUCAUCAGCGCCGAUACCAAACAGUACACCUUCUGGGACCUGGCUGGUAACAGCACUGCCGAUGCAGCCCCGAUGGUCGGGCAGUUGCUUGCCGAUGACGGAGCGCUGAACGUCGCGGUCCGUAAUGGACACGACAAUCUCGCGCAAGGCGGCGUCGUGCGAACCGACGUCAGGUGCUCUUCAAAGAGCAUCGAAGCUGCGUAUGGGAUCAGGGAGGCUGAUGUUGUCGUGGUGGCUGACGAGAAGUUGCUGCAAAGCUUCAAUGUUCUCGCCAGCCUGAAACCGGAGGGCGCCAUCAUCCUCAAGUCUGAGCAAUGGAAGGACGAGGAUGUGGAGAAGAAGCUCACCGCUGUCGUGCGCAAGGCGCUGGCCGCGAAGAAGGUCGACUUGUACAUCUUGGAUCCUAAAGCGAGCACCAAAGUUGAGGAGGACCCAUCAUUGGAGACGUACCUCAUCCAGCUCGCCUUCUUGAAGGUCGCCCGUCCGGAGAUCUACGAGAGCGGCUUGAAGAAAGUGAGUGCGUCUGAUGACUCGCUCGAAGCUCUUGCAAAGGACCUCGAUGCCGCGUUCAAGAAGAUCGACAUUCCGGAGGACUGGCUUUCGGUGGAAGUGGAGGAGAAUGUGUCUCUUCCUUCUGCAGAGGAUCUCAACAUCAACAGUUUCGUCUCGUUCGAGAACCUCGAGGAAGCCCCACCUUCGUAUUUGCGCACUUGGACCACGGCUGCGAAGGGACUGGCGUUCAAGGAAGCGUACGGAACGUCUACCGCUUUGCGCCCGGAUCUGGGCGUCAAGACUGCCAUUGUGCAUGUCAAGGAGCAUCGCCGACUGACUCCUCUCACCUACGAUCGUAACAUUUUCCACAUCGAAUUCGAUCUUGGGGACAGCGGGUUGAAGUAUGAAAUCGGCGAGGCGCUUGGUAUUCAUGCCGAGAAUGAUAAAGCUGAGGUCGAGGAGUUCAUUAAAUGGUACGGCUUGAAUGCGGACGAGAUCGUCGAGGUGCAGAACCGCGAUGAUCCGAGCAUUCUGGAGAACCGCACGGUCUACCAAUCACUUAUGCAGAAUGUCGACAUCUUCGGUCGCCCGCCCAAGCGCUUUUACGAGGCGCUCAGCGAAUUCGCGUCGGACGAGCAUGAAAAGACGGAGCUGCUUGCUCUGGGCACCGGUGGCAAUCAAGAAGCAGUGCAAGAGCUGAAGCGUCGCGCCGAGGUCGACACCGUCACCUACGCCGACAUUCUGCUCGAGUUCCCCUCCGCGCACCCCAGCUUCCACGACAUUGUGCGCAUCGUGAACCCGAUGAAACGCCGCGAGUACUCCGUCGCGUCGUCGCAAAAGGUCACGCCAAAUAGCAUCAGCCUGCUCAUCGUCACCGUCAACUGGGCAGACCCCAAAGGCCGCGACCGCUUCGGCCAAGCCACGCGCUACCUCAACGCCCUCCCCGUCGGCGCCCCCGUCACCGUCUCCGUCAAGCCAUCGGUAAUGAAGUUGCCCCCCAAAACGACCGCACCCAUCAUCAUGGCCGGCCUGGGAACCGGCCUCGCGCCCUUCCGCGCCUUCGUGCAAGAGCGCGCGUGGCAGCGCGAGCAAGGCCUGCCCAUCGGCGACGUCUUCCUCUACAUGGGCUCGCGCCACCAGCGCGAAGAGUACCUGUACGGCGAAGAGUGGGAGGCCUACCAAGAUGCGGGCAUCAUCACCCUCCUCGGGCGCGCCUUCUCGCGCGACCAGCCGCAGAAGAUCUACAUCCAGGACCGCAUGCGCCAGACGCUGUCGGAUAUCCGCAAGGCGUACUUGCGCAACGAGGGCGCUUUUUACUUGUGUGGACCUACGUGGCCUGUGCCGGAUGUUACUGCUGUGCUGGAGGAGGCGGUUGAGGUGGAGGGGAAGACGAAUGGGGGCAAGAAGGUUAGUGGGCAGAAGGAGAUUGAGAGGUUUAAGGAGGAGGGGAGGUAUGUGCUUGAAGUGUAUUAGUUGGGGACGCGUGGUGAUGGGGAUGUGUUUGUGGAUGCUGAGAACUCCAACUACCUACGCUCCUUACCUGACACUAAAAACUUUUCGAUUUGAAUGAUGGACUUAAGGGUUGUUUGCGGUAUUGUGAGAAGAUGUGCCUGACGAUCGUCUCCGCUCCCCCAGACUUUCGCGGCUGCUCGCUUCAGCCCGACGUCAAUGAAACGUCAUUUCGCCCG